AUUUGAGGAACUUCAACCGAACUCCAUGUGCCUGUACCUUUCCUCUCCCAGCCAAACCGCCAAACAAGCACAUUUUGCAGAAAGAGAGAAGCUCACAGAGAAGAGCAUAGCACAUUUACACACAGACCAUAGACAUGUUCAGCAAUCUUGGGACCAAAGCUGAAGUGAUCAAGACAGCCUUCUCUGCAUCCAUCGAAGCACAUGACAAUCGACAGGAGCUGACUAUUCGCGGCAGCUCUUCGGAGGUCAUCGUGGCCUUCCCAGGAUCAUGGUCUCCCAAGGACUGGUUUCCUGAAGACAGCAAGGCCGAGCCCUUUGGAGAUACCUGGAUCGACCGUGAGAAGUUCCCUUCUCUCAGGAACAUCGGCAUGGAUGAGGACGCCAGGGUCAACAAGGCGUUCAUGGAGAGAUUCCUACGUAUUCUGGAUGAUCUCCGCUCCAAGGUGGCAAAUGCGUUGGGCGGUAAUGAGCAGAUAAUAUUUACAGGCCAUUCGUCGGGCGGUCCAAUCGCGAUUUACGCGACUGUUUGGUUCCUUGAGGAGCACAAACGAUUGAAGAAAACGGAGACUCCCCGCUUUUUCUGUUUAACAUUCGGAUCCCCACUUGCCACUGACCACACCUUCUGCCACGCCAUCCAGCGUGAGCGUUGGUCUGAUUGCUUUGUCCACUUUGUUACGAAGCUCGACAUCGUUCCCAGGAUUCUACUCGCUCCUCCCUCCUCUACAGGGGAGUUGCUAAAAGAAAUCGACCUUUCCUCUGACCCACGUUACAAACCUGCUUCAAUUGACAACUUGACUUCCUUUUUCGUGAAUGUGCUCAAGAAUGCAUCAUGUGUUGCAAACUAUGCAGCUUGCCAACUGACAGGAAGCAAAAAUACCUUAUUUGACACUAUGUCUAGAUUCAUCAAGCCAAGCCCUUACCGACCGAGUGGGAAUUAUGUCUUUUGCACUGAGACUGGCAGGUUGGUGGUCGUGAAGAACCCGGAUGUGAUCCUUCAACUGUUGUUUUACUCUUUACAGAUCGAGUCCGAAAGAGAGCUUCCAAAUAUAGCAGAGAAAAGCUUGAAGGCACAUUGGACAUAUAAAGAAGCAUUAGAGCAAAGCCUGGCCCUGGACAAUGUUGUUUGUUUGAAGAACCUCCGAGAAUUGCCUCUCAGCUCAGAUGAUGCCGCAUUAAAUGACCUUAACCUAGACGCAUCAGUGAGGCUGUACCUUCGUGCCGCUGGAGAGUUGGAGAAGAGGAAACAGGAUAACCAGAAAAAGAUCGAAGGCAAGAAGGGCGACAUAGAGAGAUACCUCGACGCAUUAGAAAAGUACCGGACCGCGAGCAAGGGGGACGAUGUGGGAUAUUACGAUGCUUUCAAAUUGCAAAGGAAGGAGGAAGACUUCAAGGCUAACGUAAAGAGACUUGAACUGGCAGCCAUCUGGGACGAGAUUAUCGAAAUGCUAAGACACAGGCAGCUCCCCGAUGGAUUCGAGGGAGAUAAAGAAUGGGUGGAUCUCGGCACGCGGUUUCGCCGACUCGUGGAGCCAUUAGACAUAGCCAACUACUAUCGACUCUCUAUGACUGAUGAUUCAGGUCAUUACAUGAGGGAAGGAAACAGGCCAAGUCGGUACAAAUUUCCUCAAAGAUGGCGAGAAUAUGCGGAGCAGUUGCCACAGAUGCAGCAGUCGCAGCAGUCGCUCAAACAUUUUUAUGGUGAAUCCAGCUUUUGGGCCAAGGUGGAGGAGCUCAGAAUUGAACCAUGGGAAGCAAUAAAGGACGAGGUUCCGGUUCUGGGGAACCGCCUUAAAGAAUGGUACAAAAACAACGAGGUGGAGAGUGAUGUGUUCUUACAAAAGAGCACGCUCGUUGAGUGGUGGCAAGCUCUGUGUAAAGACCAUGUUGAGUUGCACAACCUACUUCCGAUACCUGUCGAGUGAGACUUGAAUUGCUAAUUCUCAGAGUAGCAAAAUACCUUCGCUAUUUAUAGGGUUUCUUCACGGACAUAGUCUUAUGAUGGUGUUUUCCAUUUAAUCCCCACUCUGACUAUCAUCCAAGUCACUUGAUAGAGAGAUUAUUUCUUGGAUUCUUCUGCGCAUAAUGACGUGGGCUCCUUUCUAUCUCUAUUUCCAACUGCUUCUAUUGACAAAAUAUUUGUAAAGAUUAUUCUAGAUAACUCUAGCGAAAUUGUCAUAUUUUUAGCAGACCUUAAGCUGAAGUUCUGCAUCAGAAAUACAUGCCAAGCUGAAAAUUCCGCUUGCUGCUGAAA